AUGCUGCUGGGGAAAGGAAAUGCUGGAGGAAGCAGCAGGCGUUUGAGGCAGCGCUAUUGACAGCUCGUGGGGAUGUGGAGGCUGUUAUUUGGAGUACCAGGCGGUGAAUGAUUUCCAAGCUGUGCUCCGUUCCUAACGGAGCGUUGCUCAAGGGUUGAUAGCUGGGAAGAGCUUGGCAAAAGAAGCCCUGCUCUGACAAGUUUUGGAGGAACUGGGGUGAACACCACUCCCUUUCCUGCCUUGUGCUUGGCUGCUCUCCACUGCUUUUGCCACAGCAUCUCCCUGAGCAAACCAGGGGUGCCUUUCCCACAGGAAUUUCUCUCCUGGAAGCCGAAACUGGGUCGGACGUGAUCUGGAGCUGAGCCCCUUCCCCUCUACCUGAAUAUCCCCGUGAGCAGCAGCAGCCCUGGCAUAGAGGUUAUUUCGCACAGCGGGGACCCGGAGUGGGGCCACACCAUGGCAACGUUUGUCAGCGAGAAGCUCAGCCGGCUCUUCAUUAACGUGAGGCAGGUCCCUCAGCUGCUGGGGCCCCUCUCUCCCUCCACCGUCAGCAGCUCCGAGGUGCCCAAGGUCUUCUGGAAGCCCUACAUCCACACCGGCUACCGGCCCGUCCAGCAGACCUGGCGCUACUACUUCUCCACCCUCUUCCAGCAGCACAACGAGGCCAUCAACGUCUGGACCCACCUGGUGGCAGCGCUGAUCCUGCUGCUGCGCUUCCAGCAACAUUCCAGACCCACCUGGUUCCUGUGUCACCUGCUCCAGCCUCUCACAGCCAAGCUAAAAGCACCCCCCCGAAUUCUGGAGAGGAAACCCACCUCGGUGGGGCUCACACAGAGCAGAGCCCCCCAAACUCGCACCAAGCAAACCACCAUCCCCACCUUCUUCAGCUCCCACACAGGUGAAAAAGACAAAGAAAACACCAGGCCGUCUCCUUUCACCCCAAAUAAGGACAGUGAAGACACAGGUGUCCCUCUGGCUGCCUGCCCUGUGAAGAUCUUGGCCUUGCCACAGAUGAAAACAGCCCAGGAUCAACCCUUUGGAUCCGAGGAGGGGGUGCAGGUCACAUCCCAGGGCUGGGCAGGGAAAGCACCUUUGCCAGACUCCUCGGAGCUACAAGUGGAGUCACAGAGCCAGGGCAAAGCCUCCUGUGGGGCAGGAGGGGACUCCUGGUGCUUCAGCUUCACCCAGGACUCGGAGGGCCCCCGGAUCAUCACUCACAGGAACAAAUCCCAGUUAUUUGCUGGAGAAACGGUUUCAGGAAGCAGCAGUGUCACAUCAGACUGGGGGGUAACCAAACAGGAGGGCCAGGAGGUGAAGGCUGGACUCGAUUUCCAACCAGGGCUUGGUGCAAAGCAGAGUAAGAAACCCCAGCAGUGGAGUAGUGUUAAUUCUUUAACUGAUUUUGCUGAGACUGAGAAUAUAAAUCCUGUGCCAGGAGCCAGGCCCUGGGCUCCUGGGGGGGUUUGUUCAUCCCCACAGAGCCCAGCGAGAGCUCAGCCCCUGAGAGAGCGUGGCCAGAACACAGCAGGGGCCAGGGUGGGCUGGGACAGCCCCUGCAGGGAGCUCUUCUGCCAGGACUCGGAGGGGAACAGGGUCAUUGCUCACUGCAGGGACAGGGGCAUUUCCCAUGGGGACAGUUCCAGCUGUGCUGCCUCCAGCCAGCCCCGGGGGCAGCAGCUGGAGCUGUGCCCUGAGUUACUGUUCACACAGGAUUCUGAAGGGAACAGGGUGAUUAAACACUGGUGAGUGACCUCAGUGUCCUGUGUGGCCUCUUGUGCAGCAGGAAAGUGGGAGGGAGGAGUUGGAAGAAAGUUGUCAGAAUUUGGGAAGUGAACCUGCUGUGUCUGUGUGCAGGGUAUAACCAGCAGCCACAGGCAGCACCUCUCUGGUUUUUAUUUUGCUUUAAUACAAAUAAAAUGUUGAAGGAGUUUAUUUAUAAGGGGUUUGACUGCUUCCCUCAAGAUCAGAGCCCAUAGUACUGCCCCCUGUUCCUGUCCAGCCUGCACAUGGAGCACAUUCCCAGGAAAUGGGACUCCUGGUGACAGCUCCAUCUUCUCCACAGGCAGGUGUAUCCCCACCAAAUCCUUGGGCAGAGGAGCCUUAUGGGGAGAGGGAGAAGGAUCCCAGUGUUCAGGGGCUCUCAGGGUGCAUCCAGGAGGGGAGGAGCUGUAUCAACUCCCUAUAAAACUCAUUAAGCCUUCAAUGCUCUUCCUGUUCUCUGCCAUAAAAGCCUCCUCUCAUUUUUUAAGGUGGGGAUGAUGAUUUAAUUUUUUUAAGGGCCAAGGGCCCUUGGUUAAGAAAAUUAAGGUGGAUUAAGAAUAAAAUCCUUGCCACCUGUGAGUCUGCUCAGCUGCAGCAGCCGAAAUUCCACCCCCCCAACCACGAGUGCGUUAAAU